GCAGCCAUCCUUGUCUUGCGUUCUCGUCUCCGCCAUAUCCAACAAACACUGUCACCCCGUUUUCGCAUCCAUACUCCCCUUAUACCCAAUUCUUUCUCUCAGAUGCACCAUGGCUGGCGCGGCAAUCCAGCCUCCACUGACCAGUCCAGCUGUCGGGCGCCGCCGCGUGUCUGGCUUGACCAUCAACACUGACGUGCCUCCGUCCAGCUUUCCAGACUACGUGGAUCCGUUCGCUUCGUCGGACGAAACCGUGACAAAUUCACCCAUAGCCAUGACUGCCGCCCACCCACUCGUUGAGAAGGUCAAGGGGGAGGAGGCCGGCAGGCACCCUUCGCCUCAGCCAACACAUUUCAGUUACCCCCAAGGGCCCCAGCUGAACGGCAAUGGCCACCGAGUAUUGCGCUCGGCCACGGUUGGCUACGUAGCUCCCGAGUUUAAGGGCAAGAAGGAGCAGAUGGUACAAGUCAAGGAGCAUAUCACAAAAUCGGGAUGGAUCCCCGAGCCGCUCGUUGACUCGCAGGUCGGGUGGUUCUACAACGAGCUUGGCAUUGAUGACGUCUAUUUCCAAACAGAGAACCCGGAAGUCAUUGCCAAGCAUAUCACAUCUCUGUAUGCUGCUAAGAUUGCCGCGUUUUCGCGCGAGGACAGGCGUGAAGAGAUUCGUCUGGAUAUGGAGGCUUCAGACCACGCCAUCUACAUCGACACUAGCGAGCCAGGCAAGUCCAACACCAAGGGCCCGCAGUAUGAGCAUCGCCUCGAGUCCAAGUAUCUGGACGGCGGCGAUCCGUCAAAACGGUUCCGCGUCGAGACGUUCCGGUCCCCUACGAGCAUCGGGCACUCGGACUUCAAGGCGACCCUGCGAUGCUACUUUGUCUACCAAUGUCAGUUCGUUGAGCCGAACGCGGACCCUAAGGAGACCCGGCUCGAGGUCAUCAGCGACCGCAUGUUCCUCGCCAAGGCGACCAAGAACACCAAGCAAAUCUACCACGAGAUUAUCCAACAUUCCGUCAACAGGACCGGCCCGGUCAUUGAGGUGUUUGACAUUGAAGGUUCGCAGGAGAAGCGGCUAGUCGUUGCCUUCCGAGCGAGGACGGCGAGAGGGAUGUUCAGCGCGCUCAGCGAUCUCUAUCACUACUACGGCGUUACAAGUUCCCGAAAGUACGUCGAGCAAUUCUCCAACGGCAUCACGGUUAUGAGCAUCUACUUGCGGCCGGCCCCCAACCCCGAUAACAAGUAUCCACCAAUCGAGGAGUCGAUCCAUCAGAUCACCCAGGAGGUUUCGCUCCUGUACUGCAUGCCUCAGACAAAGCUCCAUAGCCUGUUCUCAUCGGGCGAGCUGAGCCUCCAAGAGACGGUCUACGCGCAUUGCGUGUGGGUCUUCGUCCAGCACUUCCUCAACCGCCUGGGCUCCGAGUACGCUUCGCUCGUGGCAACGCUCGAUCCCAACAACAACGGGCAUGCCGAGAUCCUGUCAAGGAUAAAGAAGCGUCUGCGCACGGAGACCUUUACUCCCGAUUACAUUCUCGAGAUCAUCCUGUCCCACCCCCAGCUCAUUCGCGCCCUCUAUGCCUCCUUCGCCAGCGUCCACAUGAGGCCCGGGCCCGGCUGUGCCCACCGCUCCAUCGCGCCCACCCCAACCACCGAGGUGCUCUCGGAUGCCAAGCUCAAGGACAAGAUCACUCGGGACGUCUCGAAUGAGCACGAGGAAAUGGUCAUGACCGCCUUCCGCGUGUUCAACAAUGCCGUCCUUAAAACCAACUACUUCACCCCGACAAAGGUGGCCUUGAGCUUCCGGCUCGAUCCCUCGUUCCUGCCACCGAUUGAGUACCCGAUGCCGCUUUAUGGUAUGUUCCUCGUCAUCACGGCCGAGUCUCGCGGCUUCCAUCUGCGCUUCAAGGACGUCGCUCGUGGUGGCAUCCGCAUCGUCAAGUCGCGCAGCAAGGAGGCCUACUCGAUCAACGCCCGCAAUCUGUUUGAUGAAAACUACGCUCUCGCCAGCACUCAGCAGCGCAAGAAUAAGGACAUUCCCGAAGGCGGGUCCAAGGGUGUCAUCUUGCUCGACCCCAAGCAGCAAGACAAGGCCCGGGAAGCGUUCGAGAAGUACAUCGACAGCAUCCUCGACCUGCUCCUCAAGGCCGAGACUCCGGGCAUCAAGAACCCCAUCGUCGACCUGUACGGCAAGGAGGAAAUCAUCUUCAUGGGACCGGACGAGAACACGGCCGACCUUGUCGACUGGGCGACGGAGCACGCCCGGAACCGGGGUGCGCCCUGGUGGAAGUCGUUCUUCACUGGCAAGUCACCAAAGCUUGGUGGCAUUCCUCACGAUACGUACGGUAUGACGACGCUGUCAGUGCGCGAGUAUGUCAAGGGCAUCUACCGCAAGCUCAACCUGGACCCGUCGAAGGUCAGGAAGAUGCAGACGGGUGGCCCGGACGGCGACCUGGGCAGCAACGAGAUUUUGCUCAGCAACGAAACGUAUACGGCCAUCGUCGACGGCUCCGGCGUCCUCGUAGACCCCAAUGGCAUCGACAAGGACGAGUUGCGCCGUCUUGCCAAGAAGCGCCAGAUGAUCUCGCACUUUGACUUGUCCAAGCUGUCCAAGGAUGGGUACCGGGUUCUGUGUGACGAUAUGAACGUCACCCUGCCCUCCGGGGAGGUUGUCAGCAACGGCACGGCAUUCAGGAACACGUUCCACCUCCGAAACGACGGCUUGGCCGACAUUUUUGUUCCGUGCGGCGGCCGGCCGGAGUCCAUUGACCUGGUCUCGGUGAACAAGUUGAUCAAGAAUGGCAAGGCGACGAUCCCGUACAUUGUCGAGGGUGCCAACCUCUUCAUCACUCAGGAUGCCAAGCUGCGCUUGGAGGAGGCCGGCUGCAUCGUGUACAAGGAUGCCAGCGCCAACAAGGGCGGCGUGACCAGCUCCUCGCUCGAGGUUCUGGCGUCGCUCAGCUUCGACGAUGCGGGCUUCGUCGAGAACAUGUGCCACGACGCGAACGGAAACGUGCCCGAGUUCUACAAGGCGUACGUGCGGGCGGUGCAGGAGAAGAUCCAGGAGAACGCCCGGCUGGAGUUCGAGGCCAUCUGGCGCGAGCACGAGCAGACGGGCGUGCCGCGCUCCGUGCUGUCGGACAAGCUGUCGUUGGCCAUCACGACGCUCGACCAGCAGCUGCAGCACUCCGACCUGUGGGAGAACGAGCAGGUACGCCACGCGGUGCUCGAGGACGCUCUGCCCAAUCUCCUCAUUGAGAAGAUCGGCCUCGACACCAUCAUCGAGCGCGUUCCCGAUUCGUACCUGAGGGCGAUCUUCGGCAGCUACCUCGCUAGCCGCUUCGUGUAUGAGUGCGGCAGCUCACCAAGCCAGUUUGCGUUUUAUGACUUCAUGUCGAAGAGGAUGGCCAAGUUUAACAAGGCUUAAUGUCCCUUAGUCCUUUUUCUUCCUUUUCCUAUCUUUUUUUCCCUAUGCUGUUUUUUCCUCUUUUAACUCCUCUGGCGAAU